CUUGCCAGUUGGAUGCUUAAAUCGAAAUGUGGAUCAAGUGCAUAAGUUUACUCGCCGUGUGCUUGUGCGUUGCAGCGCACUUGGAUCAUCAGGCGGAAACGGAAAUAUCCCGAUUUCUGCGUCACUUGGAUAUUAUACCUGAUGUCUUAGAGACUGGACCUCAAGAGUUUCUCAACGUCACUUACAAUGGCAACAUUCCCGCCGAUCGUGGCAUCGAACUGCAGCCCAUGCAAGUCCGAGAUGUGCCCUCGGUCAAAUGGACUGCCAACAAGGACACGUACUACACACUGCUGAUGGUCGACCCCGAUGUGCCCAGUCGCAAGGUGCCCAAGUUCAAGGAGUAUCUGCACUGGCUGGUCGUCAAUAUACCCGGCAAUCAGCUGCAGCUGGGCGAUGAGCGAGCCGCCUAUGUGGGUGCCAUGCCUCUGCAGGACACUGGACUGCAUCGCUACGUGCUGCUGUUAUACAAACAGCCGGAGCACACCAAAUUCGAUGUGGCCAAGUUGGCGCAACAGAAUGACGAAGGUCGCAUCAAGUUUAGCACCAAGGAGUUUGCGGAACGUUACAAGUUGGGCAAUCCGUUGGCCGGCAAUUUCUUUACAAGCGUCUGGAGCACAGAUGUGCCAGCUCUGCACAAGACCAAGCUUUAGGGCCGUGUUAAAUAAUUGGCAUUUUGGGCAAUCGCGAAAGGUGAAUGGGCCGGUUUUUUCAUUUUCGAUUUUUUUGGCCCGUUGGAUUGCCAAAGAAAUGCAUAAAUUAAGCAACGAUUCCGGCUUAAUCGCCACACACAAAAAAAAGAAAAAACAAAGCUACACUGUAAGCAAUUUUUGUACACUAAGUUAGCCUUUAGUUAAAUGUCAAGCUUACUAAAAAAGUUUAAUAUCGGUUUACACAAUUUUACCUUGCAAUU